AUGAAUUCUUCUGAUUCUUCUUUCAUUUCUAGUCCAUUAAUUUGCCAAGUUUGCGGACAAGACGCUCGAGGGAAUCACUAUGGAGCAACGACUUGUCGGGCUUGUGCAGCGUUUUUCAGACGAGUAGAGUCGUCUCGAUAUGUGAAACCAUGCACCAAAAGAAACAGAUGUGAUUUUUUCAAAAAUGGAUUUUUCACGUGUAAAUAUUGUCGACUUCAAAAAUGUUUUUCAGUUGGGAUGAGUUCUGAAAACUUCCAGUUUGAUAGAGAUGGUUACAACAAAGCGAAAGAAGUGGUGAAACUGGGUGCAAAGAUUCCUCCUACCAUGGACGUGUUCUGCGGAAGAUCCAACUUUAUUGUUUUUUGUGCUCCUCAAACAUCACUCUCUUCUCCAAAAUACUCCAAAAAUUUCAUUGAUCUCCAGUUCCUUCUGGAUCAAGCUUGGACUGUUCUCCGACAGGGCUCAGAAUCCCCACUUCUUGCUAAAAACACGCUAGGAAAACUAGCAAUUGGUCUUAGAAAGAUUCAGGACGAGAAUCCCCUCCUAGAUCCAACCACUGUCGAGAAGUACGGGAAGGAUGAAACAUUCGCACAAUGGGAAUAUGAUAUUCUAAAACUCACUAGAUGGCUGGCCUACUUUGACGAUUUUCAGAUGCUUCCACAAAGUCUCCAGAUAAAAAUGAUUCAAGGAAUCUGGAGUGUAUGGAGGAGAUUGGAAAGAUUGGCAAGUAUUGCACUUUGUGUGAGAAGGAAAAUCAAUGAGGAAACCAUUCGAAAAAUGAAGAAUGAUACAUUGUUAUGCAAUUGGAAUCAGAUGAAAAUAGACAUGUCUUGGUGUUCGAAAUAUUCGGUUGACGAGUUAAAGUUUUUCAUGGAAAUUCACACUGAAAUCCGAUUGGAUGAACUAACUCGAGCUAUGAUAGAACUCGAACCAACAGAAGUAGAACUGUCAUUUAUGCUUGGCCAAUUAUGUUUCCAAUACGUCGGGAAACGAUUCCAAGGGGAGAUUCUGCAUAUUGGUGACAAGUUUCAAGAGAUGUUGGCGAAUGAUCUACAUGAUUAUUAUGUGAAUGAGUUGAAGAGACCUAAUUAUGUAACAAGAUUAGCCAGUAUGAUGAAGAUAAACAAUCAGAUUCAAAGAAACAUCUACAAAAACCGAGAGAAAACCGACUUGGCAAUUCUGUUCGAUGUUUUUAAUUUAGAAUUUUCACACCCUGAUAUGUUCAUGGAUUUAUGA